AUGAAUGCGAUGGGAAGGCAAAUGCAGAGAUCUAGUUCAACUGGGCAUCAUCAGCGCCAGUAUUCUGAUAAUUUCAUUGACAAUGCUUUUAACAAUAAGUGGCUUCGAUCAGCUGGACUUCAUCAUCUCCAAUCAUCUAAUUCUUCCAUACCACCUCUUCAGGAUUUUGGAUUUUUCGGUAACAGCGCCGGUAGUCAGCCUCAAGGGUCAAAAUGGGUGAGGAAUGGACCAAAAGGUGUAAAAAAUGGAGGGGAAGAAGAUGACCCUUCUUCUACUCCUCAGGCUCGUUCCAGGUCAUCAAGCAUGAGGAAAGAUGGGAAUGGAGAGGGCGUUUCGCCAGGUGAACUCAGCCAUGGAUUGAUUGAUUUGCACUCAUUUGACACAGAACUUGUGCCAGAGUUCCCUUCCCAGAAUGAUGGAUCCUUCCUCAAUCACCCUGCUUAUGGGAGAAGUUUUGAUGAUUCUGCUCCAUGUAUCUCAGCGAAACUUAACAGGAAUGGUCGUGGCUUGCCUGAAAACUAUCUUCUUAAAAGCUUCUCCCUCGAUGGAGAAAAAGCUAAUAAUAACGUAGCCAAAAUCAAAGUUGUGGUGCGUAAGAGGCCACUUAACAAAAAGGAAAUCGCAAGAAAGGAGGAAGACAUCAUAGCAAUAGACCCUAAUAGCAAUUUGCUCACUGUCUAUGAGACCAAACUCAAAGUUGAUCUAACUGAAUACGUUGAAAAGCAUGAAUUUGUUUUUGAUGCUGUGAUGAAUGAAGGUGUUUCUAACGAUGAUGUGUAUGCGGAAACUGUUCAGCCCAUAGUCCCAUUAAUAUUCCAAAGAACAAAAGCAACUUGCUUUGCAUAUGGGCAAACAGGUAGUGGAAAGACUUACACUAUGCAACCAUUGCCUCUCAAAGCAUCAGAGAACAUAUUCAAAUUAAUGCACAACAAUUAUCAAAGUCAGGGAUUUCAACUGUUUGUCAGUUUUUUUGAGAUAUAUGGAGGAAAGGUUUUCGACCUACUAAAUGACAGAAAAAAGCUAUGCAUGAGGGAGGACGGGAAACAGCAGGUAUGCAUUGUAGGCUUGCAAGAAUACAAGGUAUCUUCAGUAGAGACAGUGAAGGAGUUGAUCGAGAGAGGGAAUGCUACCAGGAGCACAGGAACUACUGGUGCAAAUGAAGAAUCAUCCCGUUCACAUGCCAUACUUCAGCUAGCCAUCAAAAGAAAAACAGAUGGCAAUGAUUCAAAACCAGCUAGAGCAGUUGGCAAGCUAUCUUUUAUUGAUCUCGCUGGAAGUGAACGAGGAGCCGAUACAACUGAUAAUGACAAACAGACCAGAAUGGAAGGAGCGGAGAUCAAUAAAAGCUUACUUGCCCUGAAAGAAUGUAUUAGAGCUCUUGAUAAUGAUCAAGGUCACAUUCCAUUUAGAGGGAGUAAGUUAACAGAAGUUCUGAGAGAUUCAUUUGUUGGCGACUCACGCACUGUUAUGAUAUCUUGCAUUUCGCCAAAUUCUGGAUCAUGUGAGCAUACCCUGAAUACUCUGAGAUAUGCUGACAGAGUCAAAAGUCUAUCCAAGGGUAACAGCUCCAAGAGGGAACCACUGUCCUUGUUGAAUCUUCGUAGUUCAAUAGCAGUGCCUUCAUCUACAGCCCUUCCUUCUGUAUCUGGCUCUGAGGACAAUGCAUUCAGUGGGCUUCAGCAAAAGGAGCUUGGGAAACUUGCGAGAAGUAAAGCACAAGAAAAGGAAUCUUCACUGUCUUCUAAUAUUGAGCGGGUCCCUAGUGGUCGUAUGCAGAGCAAUUUGGCACCAAACCCCGUAUCAAGUGCAGAAAACCUUAAGCAAUUUGGUACAAUUGUUGAUCGUGUUCCUAGUGGACAAAGUCGUUGGAAUGCCCCAAUUACUAGAAAUGAAGAGGAUUUUCAUUCCUCAGGACUGAUGCAUGAGCAAGAAUAUUCGUCUCAAAACCUAUCUGAACCUGAGCCAAGUAUCUUGGAGGAUCCGGACAAUGAUCUUGCUGCCUUAUUGAAGGAAGAAGGAGACCUUGUAAAUUUUCAUAGAAAACAAGUGGAAGAUACGAUGGACAUUGUUAAGGAGGAGAUGAACCUGCUGGUUCAGAUUGAUCAACCUGGUAAUCAGCUCGACGAUUAUAUCACUAGACUGAAUCUAAUUCUGUCUCAGAAAGCUGCAGGAAUUCUGAAACUGCAAAAUCGGCUGGCAGAUUUUCAAAAGCAUCUUCAAGACCGUCAGGUUUUUGUUUUUCCUGCUAACCCCUGA